ACUUAAAUCGUGAUGUUAUAUUCACGGUCUUUAAUGUCAAAGAUUUGCUGAAAAGGAGACCGUUGUUUGUCAUAGUCGCUUGUGCAACUAUCACACCACAAGUUUUCGAUUAAAAAAAACAAGGUACCAAGCGUCUGGCAACCCGCAGUGCCGCUGUCUCUCAGCUGAACCUCCGCAGCAGCUCAUUCUCUGUGCUCGCCGGUUAGCAUCAUGUCGAACGUAGUAGAUACGAAGCUCUACGACAUCCUCGGAGUUUCACCCUCUGCCACCGAAAAUGAACUCAAAAAGGCGUAUCGCAAACUGGCCAAAGAGUACCACCCUGACAAGAACCCAGACGCCGGAGACAAGUUUAAAGAGAUUAGCUUUGCCUACGAGGUGCUAACCAACCCUGAGAAGAAGGAGCUCUAUGAUCGCUAUGGCGAGCAGGGGCUCCGGGAAGGAGGCGGCGGCGGCCCCGGCAUGGACGACAUCUUCUCUCACAUUUUUGGCGGCGGACUGUUUGGCUUCAUGGGUGGACAGGGCAGAGGCCGCAACGGCGGCAGGAGAAGAGGAGAGGACAUGAUUCACCCUCUCAAAGUUUCUCUUGAGGACCUCUACAACGGCAAAACCACUAAACUGCAGGUCAGCAAGAAUGUGCUGUGCGGCGCCUGCAACGGACAGGGGGGUAAAGCUGGAGCGGUGCAGAAGUGCACGACCUGCCGAGGUCGAGGCAUGAAGAUCAUGAUCCGGCAACUGGCCCCCGGCAUGGUCCAGCAGAUGCAGUCUGUCUGCACGGACUGCAACGGAGAAGGCGAGGUGAUCAGCGAGAAGGACCGCUGUAAAAAGUGCGAGGGCCACAAGGUGUCCAAAGAGACGAAGCUCCUGGAGGUGCACGUGGACAAGGGCAUGAAGCACGGGCAGAAGAUCACGUACAGCGGAGAGGCUGACCAAGCGCCGGGUGUGGAGCCCGGAGACAUCGUCCUGGUGCUGCAGGAGAAGGAACACGAGGACUUCCGUCGUGAAGGCAGCGACCUCCACGUGGUCCAGCGCAUCGGUCUGGUGGAGGCUCUCUGUGGGUUCCAGAUCACACUCACACACCUGGAUGGACGUCAGCUGCUCAUCAAGUACCCGCCCGGCAAAGUCAUUGAACCAGGUGCCAUCCGGGUGGUGAAGGGGGAGGGAAUGCCUCAGUACAGGAACCCAUUUGAGAAGGGAGACCUUUACCUCAAGUUUGACGUCCAGUUCCCUGAAAACAACUGGAUCAGCCCGGAAAAACUGAACGAGCUGGAAUGUUUGUUGCCGGCGCGGGCCGACUCCCCGGUCAUCGCGGCGGACGCCGAGGAGGUGGAACUGACGGACUUCGACAAGAGCCAAGGGUCCGGCAGCGGAGGCAGACGAGAGGCGUACAACGACAGCUCGGACGAGGAGGGCGGCCACCACGGCCCCGGCGUGCAGUGCGCGCAUCAAUAGACUCAUGAAACUAGAAUCUUUCCAUGAACCAGUCACCACCACCAACACUACUCCAGACUGGGCCACAGGCCUGCACUCAUCCCGCCUCCAUCCUCUCAAGUCACAGCUCCAGAGUUCCGUGGUGCCGGGGUCCCAACACGCUGGAGCUGUGUCACCGGUGUUCGGACGCUGCACUGAGUCCCGUCUCCUCUUUAGGUCAGAGACUUGAACCCAGCAGGGACGUUCGUCGUCAAUCCAAGCUUCUACUUUUCUUCAUUUCAAAUCGGUGAGAUGUAUAAAAUGCAAAUAAUGUUGAUCUUGUACAAUGUGAAGUCGAAUCAGUCACUUGAGCAAACGCGGCCGUUCUCUUCACGCACUGGGAUCCCGGUUCCACAUCACAAACAUCACCUGUUACGCUGCUCUACAAGUGCCCCGCCCCCCUCCCCUCCACCCUCAGAGCUCUGCAGACGGAGGUUCUGGUUCGGUCCCUGCCACCGUCUCUGGCUCAUGUUCUAAGCUUUGUCGUCCUUGGUUUUUAUGGUGUUUGAGUUGGCGCAGCUCAAACGGAUGUUUUUACUUUGAUUUGAGGACACAAACUUUGUCAUGCAGCUCAGUUUGUGGGAGUUGCUGUGGAAUGUUUUCUAGUUUUAUUAGUUUUACGACUCUUUUGGCUUGUGUUGGUCUGCAGUGUAAGUGAAGUGUAUAUAAGCUCACUGAGAGGAACACGUGAAUGUGGGGCGACCCACCCCCACCCCACACCUCGUCCCACCC